UGGGACCUUGUGUGUGGCAGAGCGUGGCUGGUAGCUACAGCACAGAUGCUCUAUUUCGGAGGAUUUUUAGUCGGAUGCGUCAUAUUCGGUUCCGUCUCAGACAGGAUCGGCAGACGUUUGACGAUGCUCUUGGUGCUCUCUCUCAUGACGGUGCUGGGAGCAGUGAAUGCCUGCGCGUCACACUACCUCGUCUUCAUUGCUCUCAGAUUCCUCGUCGGUUCAACGUCUGCCGGAGCCAUGUCUACUGGGUUCGUCUACGCGAUCGAGAUAGUAACGCCACCGUACCGUAACGCCAUCUCCAACAUGUACCAGUGCGGCUUUGCUGUUGGUUUCAUGGCGCUGCCGUGGUUGGCGCUGGGUCUGCAGGACUGGCAUCACCUGCAGCUGACCAUGUCGCUCUGGGUCGUCUUGCUCGUUGUCGCCAUCUACUUGUAUUUAUAG